AUGUUGGAUGAGGUGGCUGGGGUGGAGUUCAAUGGGUCCUUCUCGGUCCUGAACGGUUCGGCUUGCGCAGCGGGGCUGCCCUGCGCCAACAGCUCGGAGCCGAGGGGCCCCCCACGCUUGGUGGACGCCUGGCUGGUGCCCCUCUUCUUUGCCAUGCUGAUGGUGGUGGGGCUGGCGGGGAAUUCCUUGGUGAUCUUUGUCAUUAGCAAGCACAAGCAGAUGAGGACGGUCACUAACUUCUACAUCGCUAAUUUGGCUGCCACAGACGUCGUCUUCUUGGUCUGCUGUGUCCCCUUCACUGCUGUGCUUUAUCCGCUCCCGGGGUGGAUUUUUGGAGAGUUUAUGUGUAAAUUUGUCAACUACAUUCAACAGGUUUCAGUGCAAGCCACCUGCGCCACUCUGACAGCCAUGAGCAUCGAUCGGUGGUACGUGACGGUGUUCCCUCUCCGCUCUCUGCGGCAGCGCACCCCUCUUGUGGCACACGCCGUCAGCAUUGGCAUCUGGGUUGGGUCUUUCAUCGUUUCCACCCCGGUGCUGGUUUACAACCGCCUGACCGAAGGCUACUGGUUUGGCCCCCAGACGUACUGCAGCGAGUCCUUCCCGUCCGUCACCCACGAGAAAGCCUUCAUUCUCUACAACUUCCUGGCAGUGUAUCUCCUCCCCCUACUGACCAUCCUGCUUUGCUACACGGCCAUGUUGUACCAAAUGGGGCACCCCAUGGUGGAACCAGUCGACCACGCCUACCAGGGUCAGCAGCUGGCAGAGCGGUCCGAAGCCCGGCGAGCCAAGAUGUCCCGCAUGGUUGCUAUCAUCGUGGCCCUCUUUGCCGUCUGCUGGGGGCCCAUGCAGAUCCUCCUGCUUGUCCAAGUCUUUGGCCCAGGCUUCCAGCGCAACUACUACACCUACAAGGUCAAGAUCUGGGCACACUGCAUGUCUUACGCCAACUCCUGCGUCAACCCCCUGGUGUACGCCUUCAUGGGGACCAACUUCCAGAAGUCCUUUCUGAAGGUCUUCCCCUUUGCCUCCAAGCGGAGGGUGGGCGUCUCCAAUGCGGCCGGCCGCGCCAACGCCCACACUGAGCUCCAGUUCAUCUCAUCGGGGAUGUAGCCCAAGAAGGAUUCUCCUGGAGCGAG